CCUUUUCCUCACAGAAAUCGAACAAGUGGGAAACUGUUGCUUCCUGGUGAUAUCUUAACAAAGAAAUCGCCAUAUUCUACUUUUAAAUAGUGAUUUGGCUACUAAAUAAUAUUUUUUCAAGUGCCAGUAGAAGUUUAAUGAUUCCUAAAGAUAAUAAACGAUAGGCUAUAAGUUGCCUAUGCGUGUUUAAAGUCAACUGACUUGAAGACGCUGCAAAGAAGCAGCAAAAGGAGAAGACAGUCGAUAUUUCAAGCUGACAACAGUCUGAGCAGAGUGACCGUUAAAGAAAAGCCCGAAGGCGCGAGAUUCUCUGACAUUGGCUAUUCAGAGCUGUUCGCGCACGCGAGAGGAGCUGCUCGGUCGUGCGGAGUUACUCUUCAAUUUUCAUUUUCUCUGGGAACUUAUAAGUGAAAAACAUGUCAAGAUGCCAGAGAUGGUUGAUCUUGGGACCUGGAUGUUACUCAGCUGAAGUUUGAUGAAGACCACCAGGAAUUGAAAAUCAACCCUGAGUGCUGUGAGCCAGAUCUAAAAUUAUAUUUAUAAUCCACUUACCAUCCGGCUUAUAAGACAAGCGAAUCACUUAAACCUAAGCAUUUGAAGGUUUAAGAUUGUCACAAAAAGACAAAAUAAUAUAUAACAUGGAUUGUUUUUGAUGAAUCUGAAUCACAAUCACAGCUUUCUUCUGUGAGAGGAGGGGCAGAGUUUGUUUAAAUGCUGCAGUGGAUAUGGACUUUUCUGGGAAUUCUCCAGAACGCUUCUUGAAUUUCUCAUGGAAAAAUGAGCUACACCGCUGUCACUCCAAUAAUCCAUAAGGAGACAUACCUGGCAUACAACAACCCCUGAGAAAUACACAUCCACAUCACCUGAUAGAAUCUCCAUCCUUGGACAACAUCGGAGAUACCAAAUCCCUCAUGUUACUUAUAUCAGACAAGCAAUAUAUGACAAUAUAAACCUACUAGAUCAUCCAGAAUUGCUGUUCAUAGCGAUAACCAAUGUCCAAUGUGUGUCACUCAGAAGAGCUGCUACAGGUUAGAGGGCUGACUGUUACAAUUUUAAUGUAGUAAAUACAAGCAAAAAGAUAAAACAGCAGAAACUGAAACUUUGGAAAGGGAUGAACACAUACAUCCUAAAGGAUAAAGGAUAUAAUCUGGUUCCAUAUAGGACAUUUGAUUAGUUUGUUGCUGCAAUCAAGUUUCAUCGUAUCUGACUCCUUAGUUAACUUUUCUAUCUUACCUUAGUCCAUUUUCCUUCCCAGAGUUCAUUCUGGCCGGGGCUGUUUCUUCUAAAGGGGAGGAGGACUUCCUCUCUAUUGCUGCCUCACGCCUCAACCGCAGGAAGCGCGUUAUUGGCGCGGCAGUGGGCGUGGCCAUGGUACUGGUGCUACUGGUCGCUAUUCCACUAUUGGUCCACAGCACCAAACUGGGUGGUUCUGGAGGUGGAGGUACACAUUAUGAGAUGCUUGGAAGCUGUAAGAUGGUCUGUGACUCUUUAACGCCCACCAAUGAACUAACACCUGUUUCACCUCCUCCUCACGACAUCCCUGGACGCAGAGGGGGAGGCAAGUCAGGUUUUCGCGGAAACCAAGGCCCACCAGGCCCACGUGGGCCACCUGGAGAACCAGGAAAACCAGGUCCGCCUGGACCUCCAGGUCCAGGCCCAGGGGGAUACGUCCCAUCGUUCUACAGCCCCAAAAUAGCCUUCUAUGCUGGUCUGCGCAAACAGCAUGAGGGAAGCGAAGUACUCAAGUUUGAUGAUGUGGUGACAAAUGUAGGGAAUUACUAUGAGCCGACCACAGGCAAAUUCACCUGCCCUCUUCCUGGAAUCUACUUCUUCACCUAUCAUGUGCUCAUGAGGGGUGGGGACGGAACUAGCAUGUGGGCCGACCUAAAGAAGAAUGGACAGGUGAGGGCCAGUGCGAUCGCUCAGGACGCAGAUCAGAAUUAUGACUACGCCUCUAACAGUGUGAUCCUGCAUUUAGAUGUGGGAGAUGAGGUCUGUGUGCAACUGGAUGGUGGAAAAGUACAUGGAGGAAACACCAACAAAUACAGCACAUUCAGCGGCUUUCUCAUCUACCCCGACUAACAAAUAUACAAACAUACAAAAACACAAAUACAAUAUCACAUAUUUAACUCCCUCACAUCAGACUGAUUGAUAAACAAAAAAAAAAUAUUCACGUGAUACAACACUUGAUAUAACAUCAAGUGGAAACACUGUAAAAUUACUGUAACUUUAAAGCUAAACUUUCUUCUUCAUUGUAACCAAUUCAUGAACCAUAUACAGUACAGCCAAAAAAGGUUCUGAAAAGAAAAUAUUACUUUUCUCACUUCACAAUCAGAGCAAGUUACUGUGUUUUACAGUAACGAUGACAAACUUGCUUUUUCUUUGGAAUAUUGCGCACAGAUAAUUCGAUCACUAAAAAAAACAUGAAUGUGUAUUAAGAAAGUAUAGGGGUCAGCUUCGAAACUUUCUUAUAGUCCUCUUGAUGUGGUCAUGGUGUAUUUACUACUUUUUAAUUUAUUUUCUUUUUUUAACUUGAAAUAGACUGGAGCUUAAUUGUUUUAUUUUGAGCCCACCAAUGUUGAAAAUUUAUUAAGUUGAUAUUUUUAUUUUAGAUAAUAAUACACUAUGCCUGUUAAAACCAUGUGUGAAAAGCGAGCCCGUUUUCAUCCCAAAGAAUGCGUUGGAAAAGCUCAUCCAGAUCCAUAUAUCAUUAGGAAAAAAAGGAUUACCAAAUUAUUUUUGUUGCAUUUUACUAGAUCUCCAUCCUCUGCAUCAUGUGUAUGUGUGUGCGUAACUUGGAAAAGUUUGUAUGCAUUCCAUGGCAUGGAAACUGUAUGUUUUUAACCUCUAUGUCUACUAAGUAUGUACACAGUGUUUAUACUGGAGAAAUUUCGAGACUAUUGUGAAAUUAUAUAUAUAUAAUUAACUACUCACUCUCUGUAUAAUGGGACAAAACAUCCUGUAGAGUCAGUUGUUAGUAUACAUUUACAGUAAAAGUGACCUGAUCCGUGUGUGUGUGUGUGUGUGUGUGUGCGCAUGUAUCAGCAAUUUACAUUUUUAAGUGUGUCCAUAUCAAUAAAAAGUGUUUGAAAUUUGCUUCUUGUAGAUAUUUGACUUGUAGAUUGAUUGCUGUUGUAAAGCCUUGCUGUUAAUUAAUACUUAAUGCAGACUUUUAUUCUGGCAUGUUAAAGAGCCUACAUGCUGUAAAUAAAAAAUAAACACUUU